UGGCUACUAAAAAAGGAGCUAUUUUGUUUGAGUAUGUGUGAAGGCUGCGCGGCGAGCGACGAUUUUGCAAACCGAUCUGAGACGGCCGAGCGGAAUUAAAUAUCAGUUGCUGCUGGCGUUUUGUGAAUAGUAGUCGAUAACAAUCCAACAAUCAACAUGUCUGAGAAAGAGAAGAAGGUAAAGAAGAAGAAGACCAAGGAGGGAGAUUCCACCACUGAGGCUACUCCAGAGGAAACUCCAGCUGCCACCCCAGCUUCGACUGCCGCUACACCAAAAUCUCCAUCAGGCUCAACCCGCCAAUCAUCCAAAUCAGGUGGAUCAUCAUCAAGACGCGCAAAGCGUGCCGGUUCAAAUGUGUUCUCUAUGUUCUCGCAGAAACAAGUUGCCGAAUUCAAAGAGGCCUUCCAACUGAUGGACCAAGACAAAGACGGUAUUAUUGGCAAAAAUGAUCUUCGUACCACCUUCGAUGCCGUUGGCCGUUUGACAAACGACAAAGAAUUGGAAGAAAUGUUGGGCGAAGCAUCAGGACCAAUCAAUUUCACACAAUUGUUGACCCUUUUCGCAAAACGUAUGGCGGGCUCUGGAGCAACAGACGACGAUGAUGUUGUUAUCGACGCAUUCAAAAAGUUCGAUGAAAAUGGUGUGAUCGACGGUGAUAAAUUGCGUCACUUGUUGACUUCAUUCGGUGAGAGGUUCUCACAAACCGAAGUUGAUGAUGCCUACGAUCAAAUGAUCAUCGACGACAAAAACAUGAUUGAUACCGCCGCCCUUAUCGAAAUGUUGACCGGCAAAGAAGAAGGAGAAGAAGAAGAAGCCGCUUAAAAAUCUUUUUUUAUUUUUUUUUUCAAUAAAGAAAAGAGAAACAAA